UGAUUUUACGAGAUAGAAAUUGCAGACACUUUUUUUUUUAUGUUGUCCGUAGUUGCCCGUUCAGCGCCCAGCCUUCAAGUUCUCUUCCGCGGUUUCUUGUGACCUGGAUUGUCUACGAGAGAGAGCGAGAGAGAGCAAAAGUGUUUGAAGACUUUUCCCUGCAGCCUCCGAAGAAAGAGACGAAAGAUCUAACCGGAAACUUAAAAGAGUAACUUUAACACUUUUAUUUUGGCGCGGGGCAGACGAGCGGAGGGGGAAAUUGCUAUUGAGUAUUUUUCUACUCGGGAUUUUGUCUUUCUUUUUGCACCGCGCAAGUUCUUAGUUAAAGAUCAAAACCUUUUGCCCUUCUCUUAAAAAAAAUAAAAUUGUACGGCUGCAUGAGAAGGGACAGGCGCGCAAUUUAUAGCUGGCUGUUACACAUCCUACCCGAGGCGACGGGAAAAGCGAGCUUGAUGAAAUGUGGGGAAAAUAACGCAUUACUCCUGCUCUCAGAGCUUUGUUGUGGCCACAAUUUCCAGCAGGCCCGGAGCCCGCGGCCUUUGGUGAUUCUUCAGCAGGGAAAGCCCUGCUUUCUUUGGCGACUGUCCGAAAGACCUUUUAGUUUCAGGAAUUGAGGCUUAAGAGAUUGAAAAUACCUUUUAAUUACUCUCCUUUCGAAAGAAAACCGCAGUCUAUUAAAAAGGAAAAUGAGGAAGCUUCUGAAGUGCUGGACAUGUUUGCCUUUCAUCCUUUUCAUUAUCCCAACUAAUUGUGGGUCAACUCAGAAUAUCUGUAAAAUCACAGAUAAAAUGGCAGACUGUAGUCAUUUAAAGCUUUAUCAAAUUCCCUCCAAUCUCCCAGCUGAUAUAACAACGUUGGAUAUUUCACAUAACCAGCUGAAAACACUGCUGCCUGAAAACCUUACAAAGUACAAUCAGCUUGUUUAUUUAAAUGUGGGGUUCAAUUCCAUAUCCAAACUAGGGAUUCACUUGUGCCUCAGUUUACCUUUGUUAGAGGUAUUGAGGCUGGAGCACAAUCAGUUGCGUACAUUAUAUGGAGAAGUUUUUACUUCCUGUACCAAUCUCAGAGAGCUUAAUGUGGGAUUCAACAUUCUGAAUACAAAAAAUGAUCCUUUCAAAAAUCUGAAGAAUUUGGCUUUCCUUGAUGUCUCUCAUAAUCACCUAAGUUCUACAAAAUUAGGGUCUCAGCAGCAAUUAGGGAAUCUACAAGAGCUUGUGAUGUCUCAAAACCAAAUUACAAAAUUAAAUAAAGAAGAUCUAUACUUUCUUGGUAACUCUUCAUUAAAAAGAUUGGACCUUUCAUCAAACCCAAUAAAAGAGUUUCAACCAGGCUGCUUCCAAGCUAUUGAAAACAUAUAUGGCCUUGAUCUGAACAACGUUCCAUUGGGACCUGAUGGCACAGAGAAACUUUGUUUGGAAUUAUCUGGCACAAAAAUACAGAACCUUUCAAUGAGCAAAGUGCAACUUUCACGGAUUUCCAAUGUGACCUUUAGUGGAAUGAGUAAAACAAACCUUACCAUUUUAAACCUAUCAAAUAAUUAUUUGUCUGUUAUUGAAAAUGCCUCAUUUAUAUAUUUUUCAAAUUUAAAAGAACUAAAUCUAAUGAAUAACAAUAUUACAAAACUGUCUUCUCAUACUCUUUAUGGACUUCAAAAUCUGAACUAUUUCAACUUGGAAAAUUCACAUGUCAGAAUAAUUGAUUCGGCAUUCCAGUGGCUAACUCAUUUGAAUUACCUUAUUAUGGAUGGUAAUAAAUUUCUAGAGAUUACUCCCCAUACGUUUAAAGGUUUAGAAAAUUUGAAAAACUUGAGUUUAUGUCAGUGCAAUAUAAAUUCAAUAACAAAUAUGACAUUUGCUUCACUUGCAAAUUCUUCGCUGCAAUUUCUCAAUCUAACAAAAGCUGGAAUCAUUUCUAUCAAGCCCAAAGCUUUUUCUUGGCUAAGGCAACUAAAAAUGCUUGAUUUAGGUUUAAAUAAUAUUAAACAGAACCUUACAGGUCAGGAAUUUCAAGGUCUUAGUAAUAUUGAGACACUGUAUCUUUCAUAUAACUAUCAAUUGAAUUUGACAAGUGAAUCAUUCACUCUUAUUCCAAGUCUUCGAAAGCUGAGAAUGAGAAAGGUGCGUUGCAGUAAUCUUGCAAUCACCCCCUCACCAUUUCGUAAAUUAAAGAAUUUGACAAUCCUGGAUAUGGGUAACAACAAUAUUGCUAACAUAAAGGAUGAUAUAUUUGAUGGACUGCAUCAGCUUGAAAUUCUUGACCUGCAGCACAAUAAUCUGGCUCGACUUUGGAAACACACCAACCCAGAUGGUCCUGUCCUUUUUCUCAAAGACCUUCACAACCUCCGUCUACUGGAUUUAGAAUCAAAUGGCUUUGAUGAGAUUCCACACAAGGCUUUCUAUGGAUUAUCUUUAUUGAGAAGCUUGAAUUUAGAUUCCAAUCUCUUAAAUCUGCUUCCCAAGUCUGUUUUUGAUGAUCUGACAUCUCUGAGCUUUCUCUUCCUCCAGAAGAAUAUGGUCACAGCUGUUGAUGAAAAAGUGUUUGGUGCCGUUUUCAAACAUCUAAAAGUAUUAAAUAUGGCUUCAAAUCCAUUCGACUGUACUUGUGACAGUAUACCUUGGUUUGUUACUUGGCUCAAUAGCAAUAAAACAUAUAUCUCAAAUUUAAACAAUUAUCAAUGCAACACUCCACCCAAAUAUCACUCUAAUUUAGUAGCACAGUUUGAUACUUCUAUAUGUGAUAAUGCCCCCUUUAAGCUGGUAUUCAUUUUGUGCACUACUACUAUAUUAUUGCUCAUCUUUAUAGCUAUGCUUGUUCACUUUCAAGGAUGGAGAAUUAAAUUUAUGUAUACUGUGGCUGUAAACAGAGUAUUGGGCAUCAAAGAAAUAGAUAGACAACAGCAGCAAUUUGAAUAUGAUGCCUACAUCAUUCAUGCCAAGAAGGAUAUGAACUGGGUAUCCAAUAACUUUAUUCCCCUUGAAAAUAAUCAACCAGCCAUUCGAUUCUGUUUAGAAGAACGAGAUUUUGAAGCUGGAAUAUCUGAAUUUGAAGCCAUCGUCAAUAGCAUACAGAGAAGUAGAAAGAUCAUAUUUAUUGUAACUAAACAUCUCUUAGAAGAUCCCUGGUGUAAAAGGUUCAAAGUUUAUCAUGCUAUACAACAAGCCAUUGAACAAAGUCGGGAUUCUAUUAUACUAAUUUUUCGACAUGAUAUUCCUGAUUACAAGUUAAAGAAUGCUCUUUGUUUACGAAGAGCAAUGUUCAAAUCUUGUUGUAUCUUGGAGUGGCCUGUGCAGAAAGAACGUUUGGAUGCCUUUCACCAGCAACUGAAAUCAGCACUUCAGUCCAAUAGUAGGAUAAUAUAAUUUGUUUUAAGGAUAUUGUAUGCAUUUCUGGGUAAUUCACUCAGUGGUUAAAAUACCACACUAAAAAUACAAUAUUGAAAAAGAAGUAAAUAUAAAACUAUUCUUCCAAGAUUUUUUCUUCUUCUAUCCAAAAUAUGAGAGUUGUAUCCAAACAUACAAAAUGAAUGAGUAGCAUUUGGGAACAUCAAAUGUUUGCUACAAAAGACAAAGUAUUUUGGAGGCGAGACCAAAAAAUAGGGCAUGUACUAAAUAAAAAUGUAGUUGAUUUUAAA